GUAUGCUCAAGAACAUGAUUGGACUAUACGACAUGGCAAGACAUGCAGUAGAAAUUACAGCACAGUCAGAAAACAAGAUUACUUGGUCCGUCAUUAGGGACUCCAUGAGCAACAUACUUUACCAGCUCAGCAGUAUGAAGUUCAAAGACCCCGUGAAAGACGGCGAGGCUAAAAUCAAAGCCGAUUUCGACCAAUUGUAUGAAGACAUUCAGCAGGCUUUCAGGAAUUUGGAAGAUUAAAUUGUUGUAGCAUAAGGCCUUUCAGAAAUAAAAGUAUCCUCACUAUCUAGAUUUAAUUGUAUAUUAAAUGUUGGACGUACUAUUUGAACUGUUUUAGGUAAAUCACAAAGAUUUUCUUCUUAACUCUUCCGAUGUUACUGUACAAUAAUUAUGUUGUUAAUAGUUAAGUAAUAAAGAUAUAGAAAUCCA